AUGACGACAUUCACACGUGAAACCACAGGCGUCGAAGUCGUCAACGCGUUGGCCGACAGAGUUGAUGGCAAGACCAGUAAGUCACUCACACUUCUUGACACCCUCAUUGCCCUCAACAUUCGUGCUUCUGCCGACUUGACAUCUCUGACGGACGAGAUCGUCCAUGCUGAAGGAGUCGUCAUUACAGGCGCCAGCAACAAUACUCUGGGAGGCGAGACGGCCGAGGCCCUUGCACAUGCCAAUCCCGCACACCUGAUUCUGCUUGCACGGUCUCAGCCACGGGUUGAGGCUGUCAUAUUACGGAUCAAGGCUCUCAACCCCAAGGUCAAGGUGACAUUUGUGCCGGUCUCGCUGGAUGACUUCGAUUCCGUGCGUGCCGCUGCAGCGACGGUGAGCGGCGCAAUUGACAAGCUGGACAUACUCAUCAACAAUGCGGGAAUCAUGGCUGUGAAAGAGUACACGACCAACAAAGACGGCAUUGAGCUUCAGUUUGCAACCAACCACCUGGGUCACUUCCUGUUCACGAAACGGCUAUUCCCCAAGAUCCUGGCCGCCGGUCCAGGAGCCAGGAUCGUCAACUUGACCAGCCUAGGUCACAAGCUCGGUCCCGUGCGUUUCGACGACCCCAACUUCUCCAAUGGAGCGGCGUACGACCCAUGGUCAGGCUACGGGCAGUCGAAAACGGCCAACAUCCUCUUCACGGUCGGGCUAGCCAACAAGCUACGUGAGAGGAAGAUUGCCAGCUUCGCCGUGCACCCUGGAGCGAUCUUCAACACCAAUUUGGCGACCCACCUUAACUUCCAAGACGAAAUAGCGGCGUUCCAGGUCGUUGCCUUGAAGAAUACGGGCCGCCCCUUUCCCUUCGCCGACGACCCGGCCAAACCUAUCGAGCAGGGCAUCACCACCACGCUGGUUGCCGCGCUGGAUCCCAGCAUCGAGGCGCAGAGCGGUAGUUACCUCGCAGACGCGCACAUCCAGGACCCCUACGAGUAUGCCAGCAGCAAAGAGAAUGCAGACCGUUUAUGGAAGUUGAGUGAGGAGCUGGUAGGUGAGAAGUUCGACAUAUAG